ACUAAUUUCCAAUUUCUUGCCUCAAAAAGCGUAGGCUAUGAAGAAUACCGGCGGCGGGGAAGGACUGAACCAUGCCUUAUUACAACGGUCGGCGGGAGGAGACGCUAAAUCAAGAUUUUGGAUUGAAUCAAAGAAGCUCUGGUACAUAGUCGGUCCAUCCAUCUUCAGCCGUGUCGCCACCUUUACCAUGAACGUCGUCACCCAAGCCUUCGCCGGCCACCUUGGUGACCUGGAACUCGCUGCCAUCACCAUCUCCACCGGCGUCAUCGUCGGCUUCAAUUUCGGCCUAAUUCUUGGGAUGGCGAGUGCGUUGGAGACGCUAUGUGGGCAAGCAUUCGGGGCAAAAAGAUACAACAUGAUCGGGAUAUAUAUGCAAAGAUCAUGGAUUGUUUUAAUGUUUUGUUGUAUCGUGACACUGCCACUAUACAUAUAUGCCACCCCGAUCUUAAAAUUAUUAGGUCAAUCGGACGAGGUAGCUGAACUAUCAGGGAAAGCCGCAAUAUGGCUUAUCCCACAACAUUUUUCAUUUGCAUUCCUAUUCCCGGUACAACGGUUCUUGCAAAGCCAGCUAAAAACUCCGGUUUUGGCGUGGGUUUCUUUGGUGAUUCUUGCAAUCCAUGUUUUGAUUACUUGGCUAUUUACUUCGGUUUUCGAGUUUGGAAUUGUGGGGACGGUUGUGGCAUUGGACAUUUCUUGGUGGUUGAAUUUUGUUGGGUUGUUUGCGUAUACUGUUUAUGGUGGGUGUCCUUUGACAUGGAACGGUUUCUCGAUGGAAGCAUUUUCGGGUUUGUGGGAAUUUGUAAAGCUUUCGGUUGCAUCCGGUGUCAUGCUUUGUUUGGAAAAUUGGUACUAUCGAAUAUUGAUACUAAUGACUGCAUUUUUAAAGAAUGCGACCAUUGCCGUGGAUGCAGUGUCAAUUUGCAUGAACAUCAAUGGUUGGGAAAUGAUGAUUCCCCUAGCCUUUUUUGCCGGGAUCGGAGUAAGAGUGUCCAAUGAACUCGGUGCUGGUAAUGGACACGGGGCAAAAUACGCAACCAUUGUAGCAAUACUGCAUUCGUCUGUCAUUGGGCUCGUAUUUUGUGCAUUGAUAGUGACGUUUCAUGACAAGUUUGCACUAAUUUUCUCAUCGAGCACCGUUGUUCUUGAAGCAGUUGAUACCAUGGCUUGGCUCUUAGCUUUCACGAUCCUUCUUAACAGCAUUCAACCCGUUAUAUCCGGGGUCGCGGUGGGGUCCGGAUGGCAAUCAUGGGUUGCUUACAUUAAUUUGGGCUCCUACUAUUUGGUUGGUGUACCUCUUGGAGUUGUCUUGGGUUUGGUUUUUCAUCUUGGAGUCGAGGGAAUAUGGGGAGGAAUGAUUUUUGGUGGAACCGCGUUACAGACGAUCAUAUUAGGGUUAUUGACAAUUCGUUGUGAUUGGGAGAAAGAGGCUCAGAAAGCAGCUGCAAAAUAUUCAACCCUAUCAUAAUUUCAAGAUCGUUGGAUGAAAUUUUGAAUUACAUAAUUAAACAUAAUCAAACCAUGAAGAUCGAUAAUUCCGAUUGGUUUCAAGAGCUCCUAUGAAUGAGAUACAUAAGUUCGAAGGGUAGAGGCUAACACAAGAACAUGCUUUCAUAGCUCCAUGACCCUUGCAAAAUUUGGACUCGGAUACAUUUUUUUUUCAUAGUUACAAACCGAAUCUCGUAAAUGAUUGUGGACUAUUGCGUACUAUGUUGUAAUCAUAAAAAGAAUAUAUUAAUUUGAUAUUUGUUGCUUAUGUUUUACAAUUUUGA